AUGAUGAAAUGUGGCAAGGAGCUGCGCGAAGCAAUGGACGCGCUUGCGGAAGCCAGUAAGCCCGAUGCCGCCCUCAUCGAUCGCAUUGGUAUCGUCAGUGAUACAAUCUACAGCAACAUAGAUAGCCGAAUCACUCUGGAGUUGGUGGAGAGUGACGACGCUGAGACAAUUCGCAAGGACAUCAUGGAACUAGCAGCUGACUUGGACACGGUCCGUGCGAGUCCUGUGUCCAAGAAGCUGGAAGCGAGAUGGGAGCAGAUGCGAAGCAUGCACUUGGAAAAGGUGGUCAAAGAGAUUGCUGAGAUAGUCAAGGGCACCAGUGAGGUGUCCAAGUUGUUGGAGGCGCUGCAGGAGAUUGUUGCCAAGUUGGACGCACUCCUUGCCGGCUCUGUAACACCGGAGAUUGCAAAGCGUACGCUGGUUCAAGCCAAUGGGUUCGCAUCUGCGAAGUUCCUGAAGGGUUUCCCUGGCCUUCUCCAGAAAGAGGGGCCUACGUGCCUUGCUUCAGCGCGAGACCUCGUUGCAAAGUUCGACGAGCGAUGCACAAAGCUGGCUGCUGCAGCUGCAGAGGAAAGCUCGUGGCAGCUGCAGUUGCCCGAAGUGGAGAAGCUGAUUCAGCAGGUUGGGCUGCACAUGGUAAAGGUACAGCUGCAGCAAAGUGGAGCAGAAUUUGCGCAGGAGAACUUUGAUGCGGCCUACAAUGCUUUUGCAGCCCUCCACCGAUGGUGGCCUCUUUGUCAAGGCGGUGAUUUACCAGCUGAGCUGCUGGAUGGGUUUUCCAAAGUUGCAGAACUUGCCACAGAGCGGGUCACUGCUGCGUCCGGCAAGGGCCAGGAGAUGAUGGAUUUUGCACUAAAGCUUGAUGCGCUUGGAACAUUGCCGGGCUGGCCCGAAGGUGGGGUUGCCGGGCGCCUUGGGGCCGCAGCCUACGAGGCACCACUCAGUGGCCUCACCGCGGAGAUGAAGGAACCAAGCGGCAGUGCAAAGACCAUGGUCAGCUUCGUGGAGAGCUUGUCAUCAGCAGCUGAAAAGAUUCCCGCAGACCAAGCCGAGCGAAUUCAAGGAGCCCUCUCCCAGCUGGAGGAGGUCCUGCUCGCGAGGGCAGAGGCUCAGAAGACGGACGAGCUAGAAGAGGUGGCAGCAGCCGCGACAAGUUAUGAUGAAGCCCGUCUCAAAUUGACGCUGCUUGGGGAGUCUAAAGCGUUGCUACCACGUCUCAAGGAGUCAAUCUGCCGCACCAGCCUGCAACGAGCUGAAGAAGAGCUCAGCAAGGAGUCCGGCCUGAACCCGGCUCUGGUCUUGGAGUUGGUGAAGCGAGUUGGUCACUACAACCCGGGCAGCGUUGAUGAUUUGCGAUCCUCGCUGCAGUCGGUCACUGCCAAGACUUCUCAGCGAAUGUGCGACUCCUUCCAGACCGCUGUCGCUGCAAGCCAGUAUCCGAAGAUUAAGGGCCUCUUGAAGUUUGCCGAGAGCUUUGAUUCCGUUGUGGCUGCAGCUGGGUGUGAGUCCAGCGUGGAGGCAGAGCUCAAGAAAAUCCAGGAGGCUGCUGUGUUCGAAGAGCCUGCAGAGCCCGACGCGCCGGGUGAGGUUGAGACUCCAGAAGCCGUUGCGACAGUUAAGGCAAAGCUGGAAGAGGUGGAGGCCAUGCUUGCCCAGGAAAGAGGGAUGAAUCCCAAUGUCAUUCUUAAGAACUUGACAGAGAUCGUCCCUCUCUGGCCAGCGGCAGAAUCUCCAGAACUGAGUGAUCGUUUGGUGACAGCCUUCAAUACGCUGAAGACAAGAAUGUCUGCAGCGUGUGCUGCUGCUUCCAGGGAGGACCAGGAGGCCAAGCUUAAGGCCUUGAUGGCCUUCGCCCACAAGAUGGACGAAGCGCAAAGGUCGCUGGGCUCCUGCUGCACCGACUUCUUGUUGUCCAUGGCAGUGGCCGGAGCCUCGCAGGACCUCCUGGAUGCCGAGAGCGAGCUUGGGAAGGAAUCAGGCAUGAACCCAAUGCUGGUGUUGAAGAACAUCAGCAGCCUGCGCAUCUAUUGGGAAGUCCUUGGUCCUUCGGAGGAGGCUGUCGCAGCAGAGCAGCGGCAGCGGCUCGGUGCCAUGUGUGAUUUGAUGCGAUCUAGGAUCACUUCCUCGUACGAAGAACAUCCAGAGAAGCGGCCGAAUCUGCUGAAAUUUUCUGGAGCGUUCGACACGGCAAUCCAGGGACUGGCAGGCGCUGGGGAGGCCAAGCUGGCCUCAGAGUUGCAGGCGAAAGGCUGA